UUCUUAUUUUGCUGCGCUGAAUUGCGCAAAGCAAACGCUCCCCCCUAUAUCCUAUCUAAUGCGAGUGGCUGUUAUGCCUCCCUUUACUCAACCAGUAGCCGCGGUUUUUGGCGGAACAAGAAUCGGCAACAGAGACCAGUUUAUGCCCCAUACCCAUCUCGAGACAUUCUUACAAACAUUAACUCGACACCACGUUACCAAAAUUGAUACAGCACAGGUGUCACAAACCAACUACAUAAGACCCAUGAAGUACGUACCUCCGGCAGAACCUCGGAACUAAUAGCCAAUCAUAGCCAAGGAAGGAUAGC